AUGGGAAUUGGGGAUCUCUGGAGACCAGAGGGCCGCCCCUCAAUCGCAGCUCACGGAGCAGACAGGCGCUCAGGGUUAUUCCGGCGGAAAAACCGCUGCGUGUGUGUUCUAACAGGGGUCUGCUCCUCUGUGUGCGUGGCCACCGUGGUUUUCCUGUUACUCGUGGGAGUCUGCCUGCUCUACCUGCCGGAUGCAUUAGCGCCUGACCCGCUGGUUUCUCUCAGCCCGGUGACGCUGCUGAUUUGGACGUAUCCAUUCGGUCAGUAUCGAGAACUUCCGGACUGCCUCGAGCUGUUUCAGAUAGACGGCUGCACGCUCACGGACGACGAGCUCAGGUACCCACAGGCUGACGCCGUGAUAAUUCACCACCGGGAGAUUGCCACUGGCUACGCCGAUCUCCCACCAGAACCGCGGCCACCUGCGCAAAAGUGGAUAUGGAUGAACUUCGAGUCUCCCACGCACACGCGUGGACUCUGGCGUUUAGGCGGUGUUUUUAACCUCACGAUGAGCUACCGGACAGACUCGGACAUUUUCCUCCCCUAUGGGUAUCUGGUCCCCCUCGCGCGCACAGAGAGGGCUCUCCACAAGAGCUUUGUGCUGCCGCUUCGCGGAUCUUACAGCUCCAAACUCCUGCGCUCACGCUUCGUGGCCUGGGUCAUCAGCAACUGGUCGGAGUCCCAGGCGCGCGUGACCUUCUACUACCAGCUGCGCCAAUACAUCCAGAUCGAUGUGUUCGGGCGCGCGGGCUCGCCGUUACCGACAGGCAGCGUGGUGCCGCUCGCCAAGCGGUACCUGUUCUACCUGGCGCUGGAGAACUCCCAGCACACCGACUACAUCACGGAGAAGCUGUGGAACGCCGUGCUGGCCGGUGCAGUCCCCGUGGUGCUGGGUCCAUCCAGGCAGAACUAUGAGCGUUUCCUGCCCCCCGAGGCCUUCAUCCACGUGGACGACUUCCCCUCAGUGGAAGAGCUGGCCCAAUACCUGCUGAUGCUGAGGCGGAGCCCGGCUCAGAUGAGACGGCACCUGGACUGGAGGAGGGGCUACGGCGUACGCCAGCCGACCUUCUUCAACGAGCACUUCUGCACGGCCUGCAGUGCGGUGAGGAAGACCAGAGGCAGGACUAAUGUAGUCAGAGACCUGAGACGUUGGUUCCACUCGUGAAAACAUGCAUCAGACCUCCAGUACCUGUUUGAAAUGACGGCAAAGCCGAGAGAUAAGACCGCGAGAGGGGAAAGAUUUACUAACCACAUGCUGCUUCCAGAGUUUACAAAUCAAAUCUUUUUAUCAUCAGUGAAAGAGUAUAUUUAAUUUAUGUGAUUUAAUUAAAUAAUGUAAUAACUUAAAUACAUUUAUGAUCAUUGAUCUUAUCUGAGUGAAUUCUUCUUCUUCUUUUUAUCUUAAUUUAUUUAUUUAUUUUAACUGACUCCCAUCUAGCCAGUAAGAGUCCUUCUGAUAAAACAGCUGGAGUAGAGUUAACCUUCUGCACCAGGGCUUAACAACACAACAUCUGUAAUUUAGACCAGCGGUGUCAAACAUAGGGCCUGGGGGCCAGAAUCGGCCGGCAAAGACUCCAAUACGGUCAUCUGGACACCUUUAGAAAAUCUGAAGGAGUGCAUAGUAUUUGAACUUCUAAUUGUAUUUUCAUAAGUUUUACAGCUUUUCCAAUUGAUAAAGUGCUUUUUUAAAAAAAAUGUGAAUUCAUAAAAAUGUUAUAUUUUGUAAUUACAGGAGAGUCAGUGCAAUGAAAAACCAGAACUUUUUAUGUAAUUUUACAUACUCACCAUGUAGUUUCACUGUUCUGGCUCACUUAAGAUUAAAUCAGGUUGUAUGUGGCCCACAGUGUAAAAUUUAUUUGACUUUGCUGCUUGGCAAAAUUAAAAUGUGUGAC